AGCUCAGCUUGUUUUUUUUCUCAAGUUCCGCCAUGCGUGUUUGCUGUGGUUGCCUUCUAUUUUCGCUGAGCAGCUUGAUCUUCGCCGGCCAAUGGUCGCGUGGCGACUAUCUGUUGAGGUUCUUGGGCCUACGUUUCGGGCAGUGGGCCUGGGUAGAGCUCGGCCGCACACCCCUCACUCUCGGAGAGAAUUGCCCGGCAGAGAGUGCUGAUAGUUUCCACUCGGGGUGGGAGCAUGAAUGCACCUGGCAACCCCACAACCAGCUGGAUGAGACCUGCGAGCUGUUCCUGGCCAGCGAGAUGUACCGCAACGCCUCGCACUUUCUGCGCGUCGCCACCCGCGCCGACGACCCCAAGGUGCGGCCCAGCUUCCUGAGGCUCCGAGCACGCCUGGCGCAGGCGACGCUCGAGAAGAGGCCUUUCAAGAUCCUGGCCAUGGGCCCUUCCACCACAGCGGGGGUGGGGUGCAUGAACCACGGGCGCCGGUGGAUCGACGAUCUACCCUGGCUGGCAAAUGCCUCCAACAACACCCCGCUGAGGCUCCAGAUGAUCGACGGCACCAAGAGGGCGACGACUUUUACGGACGUUUGGAGCCAGAUCUUUCACGCGAAAAUCGCUGAAAAUCCCGAUCUCAUCAUAUUGGAUUACACCGUCACUGGGGACGAUUUUCUGAACGACAAUCACCAGGUCGUGGUGAUGAGCCAGGCGGUGGACCAGCUGCCAAAGCCUCCGGCCAUCAUCUCCUUCGAGUCUUUCCGGGGCCGGACCAUCCUGAUGUUGAAGGAUGACCUGGAGCCCGAGCAGCGGGAUGCCUGUCAGCUCGCCAGAAACCUGGAGCGUAUGGACCCGUUCUUCGGCGUGGCAAAGCAGUUGCAGUUACCCAUCCUCAGCUUGCCGGACAUCCUUUGCGCCCUCCCGCAGUUCAAUAGAACCGGGAGGAAAUCCAAAAGCAGCAACAACGUGCCAUGGCUCUUCUCCUACCCCAACGAGGCGCCCCACCACUACGGGUGCGGUGUGCACCACAUCAUGGCGGAGGCCAUUUUUCAGCUGCUCUCGCGCCACUUGGCGGCCGCCUGCCACGCCGACUACCAAAAAAUCCUCGCGCAGUCCCAGGCUCGGGACGAGGAGCUGAGGAUGCAAAGAGCUGAGCUCUCCAGGGAGGAUCGCUGCCGGAUGCAGUUCCAAACCUUCUUGUCCUAUUACAGCGCAGAGGGUUUCCGGUCCUACCGCGGCCCCAACUCCAGCUGGCAGUUUGGCGCCGACCGACCCACCAAGUUCGGGUGGAUCGCCAACUGGGACCCCGAGCCAGGUCAGCUCUCGGACCCCUACGAGCUCAGAACGAAGCACCGUCCCAUGCAGCGCCUGGAGCAGUAUGACCACUUGCCGCCAGAGGACAUUGUCUUUCUGCUGAAGUUUUCUGUGGGGGUGGCCUUCGUGGAGUAUCUAUCCACCUACCAGAACAUCGGCUCGGCAUUCUGCCAGAUCGAAGAUCUCUCCGGGAAGCUGCUGAGCGAGCGCCACCACAUCCAGGCGAAAUGGACGCGGAGAGUUUCCCUCUCAAAUCAGCUGGCCAUAUAUCUCCCAGAGCUCACCAAAGCUCAGCAAGCUGUCCUGCGCUGCACCAGUGAGGGUCAGAAGUUCAAGCUGCUCUCGGUGUCCAGCUGCUGAAUUGAGAAGGCCCCAACAAAAUACUCGGAGCUCUGCUUAGACCGAUCGCGCGCGCGAUCGCACGCACGAGGAUGCGACCUGCAAAACGGUCACCACGAUUCAAGUAACACUUGGAGCAGCCCCAUUUGGGGCUACCAGUUGCUGGGAUUGUCCGGAACGAUAGGUCAAGGUUUGCGCGAGUGGAAGUCCGCAAGAAUCGUACGGAGG